AUGACAACAUUGACAACCUGCCCUCUCUCCCCACCUCUCCAAUUUCAUAUCGUCUUUCUUUUUUAUUCUCAUCGUUUUAGGAAGAGUUAACAAUGGGUAGAUAUUCCCACGAAACCGCCACUCCGACAAAAUCGUGCAAGGCACGUGGCUCAAAUCUACGAGUCCACUUCAAGAACACUCAUGAGACUGCUCGUGCAAUCAAAAACAUGACCCUCAAACGUGCCCAAAGGUACUUGAAGGCUGUCAUUGAAUUUAAAGAAUGUGUUCCAUUCCGUAGAUUCAAUGGUGGUGUUGGACGAUGUGCUCAAGCUAAACAAUUUGGCACAACUCAAGGUCGUUGGCCAAAGAAAUCAGCUGAAUUCUUGCUCCAACUUUUGAGAAAUGCUGAAUCAAACGCAGACUACAAAGGUCUUGAAGUUGAUCGUCUUGUCAUUGAACACAUCCAGGUCAAUGCUGCUCCAUGUCUUCGUAGAAGAACUUACCGUGCUCACGGAAGAAUCAACCCUUACAUGAGCAGCCCAUGCCACAUUGAAGUCAUCUUGACUGAAAAAGAGGAUGUUGUUGCCAAAGCAGCUGAAGAAAAACCAACCCAAAAGAAAUUGAGCAAAAAGAAGAUUGCCCAUCAAAAACAAAAAAUGAUGAGAGAAUAAGCUCCAGAUCCAAAUUGUUUGACUGUUUCAAUGAAUCCUUGGCCAACACCAGCAAUUGUGUUAACUCCUUCUUCAACUGCUUCACCAGCAUCAUUUGUUGCACGACCAAAAUUAUCAACAAAUUUUUGAUAAUUUCCAUUUACCUAUUGUUUAUACAAAAAUACAAUAAACAUAAAUAUUUUACUUUAAAAUAUAUUUUUAAUUUAUCAUUAUUAAUUUUAAUUUUACAUUUUCAAGAUUUGGUGCUCUGGAGUCGACAUAAGGGUAUCCCUGAAAAGAAAAAAAUAAACAAAAUUAAUUAUUUAGUUAAUUAUAUUGUAUAAUUACUCGUUUUUUUAAUUUGUCUGACCUGGACAUGCAAUCCUGCAAACAAAACUACGCAAAUUAUACGAAACAACAUUUUAAUAUUUUUAAGAGAAGUUGUGUUACUUGAACAACUACGACAAAUGGCAACAAAAAAUUGAGCUCUUUAAUAGAAAUACUUCUCAACUAGUGAUGAAAUAAAAUUCAACUGUACAAAUAUAAUCCAUCAAUGACAAAAAAAAAUUACGGAAGUUAUAAUUUUUAUUAUAUUUUAUGGAAAAAUAGUCAAAUAAUAUUAAAAUAUUUGAUAACAACAUGAUAUAUUUUGUCAUUGAAAAAUUACGAUUCGACGAAAUACAUGCAAACACUUGUUGAAUAAAUAUUCAAAAAUUUAUGGA